CACAAGAUCUUUUUUUUUUUUAUUUAAAAAGAAAUUUGAUAUUUACGGCGAAUCGUGUGACGGAUAGUAUCUGUGCGUGAAUCCAUCUAUACGAACCAAGAUGAGAUUAACUAUUCUAACAUUGAUGGCUGCGCUCUGCCUCGCAUUAGUGAGCUCGCAUCCGCUUCCGGAAGACGGACUCCGAUCAGAGGCCCUUGAUCGGCUGGUGAUGGCCGAAGCCGACAGCGAGGCUGCCCUGAGGAGCAAAAGGACUAUUGGCAUUCUACGACAGCUCUUCCCCGAUAUUUCCCAGGACGUGAACCCAGAAUCAGAGAAUCGAGUGAACGAGAUCGGAUCGGAAUCGCAGAACAACGAGGUGCGAGUGCAAUUUGCAGACGAAGUGUCGAGCGACAGUUCGCCGCAGGAGUUGACGCCAUUGGAUGAGACUGAGACGGAGGAGGAUGAGAAUAGAGACAAGAGAUUCCUCUUUGGUUUCGGCGGUGGUUCCGGUGGAGGCGCCGGCUCGGGCAAUUUCCUCUUCGACAUUAUCAGGCAAGCGGCCGACGGGGCGGCAAGAGCGGCGGGCACGGUGUACCGUGUCGUGGCCGGUACACAGAGCCUCGGGCUCGGGCUAAGCGCUUCGCGCGAUGUGGGCCCGGCCGCCCCAGCUGCCGCCAACCCCGGCGGUACUGGCACCCCGACGUCCGGCGCACCCUCGACCGCCGCCCCAGGAGCCGGCAUUCUACCACCGCUUGUCGCCGGAAGCGGAAGUAACCAGCUGGGCGGCUCCUCCUCUUCGGAUACCCAUGAAGGAAAAUCGGAUGAACACGAGGCUGUACCCGGCCCAGUCACCAGGUUCUUCGUCAUCGCUAAUCGAGGACUCUCGAAUCUCGUCCAGGAUCUCAUACUCCGUCUGGCAGCCACGAGCGAGCGUUUUGUCAACUUCAAGGCGCGACUGAUCACUUCCAUCAUCUAAGGUCUCAUUCGAGGACUGGGAUGAGGAAGCACAAGAGGAGCUCCGCCGGCGUUGGUACCGUCACGUGGAGGCACCAUCGCCGAGCCACUUUUGCCAGUAGGAGCACGGGUACGACGUUGGCAACAGAACCAAUCUCACGGUGUUGCCCCCUUGUCCCUGAGAUCCUGAACUCAAUUUCUUCGUCGAUGGCCGUCGAGCUUUUCGCGAAACACAAGACACUUCGCCGCCAAACGCAUUCCCCCAAAAACAAUCGACUCGAUUCCGUUCGACUUCAUUUACUCCGUUGUCUAAUUCCCUUUUAUUUCCAUUCCACUUUCUGCCUUCCCUUUCUAUUU